UGUUUUGGCUAGAUAAUAGUGCCUAACACUUGGGGUUUUGGACUGAUUGCCACCUUUCCAAUCAAGGGAAAGAAACUUUAUUGUUUAAAAAAUAUUUUUGUUUUCAGUACUUCAUAGUGUAUACUUCCUGAUCGCCGUUAGUGACGCACCACGCAAAGCAAGAUGUUUAUGUGGAAAAUUUAUGAUGUCUGAGAGUUAACAUGACUGCUUAGCGAGUGGGCUUAAGCAGGUGUGGUUUACAAUAUGGGCUGCACCAUUGUUACCCCUCGAUGCUGCAUAACGGCCAAUGAGCAAGAACAUGAGGACUUGGUACAAAUACCAAGCACAAGGAGAUACUCUGCGCCUCCAGUGAGUGGAGAAAUUGCCACGCAACAGGAGCUGGAUAAAUUGAUAAAUUCUGGGGAUAAUCAAUUUUCUGCAAGUGACCCUUUAUUGGAGAGCCAGUUAGAAGAAUUAUCGAAGACAGAAUUGCUUUGGGGCAAGUCACGCAGGGAAUUGGAGGAGAUAAUCCGCACGGAGCCUGUAAUAGGCUGGGAAGGAGAAGACAUUGGUUCGCUUGGUGAAAUCGUGUGGUCCUCCUCUGUGGUCCUUCAUGAACAAUACAAUAAGGAAGAGAGUAAAAGACACCUCGUUCUGUUUCCAUUGCAUUUGUUACUUCUGGCUGUAGAUGAUGAGAAAAACAAGUUCAUUUAUCAGGGAUUGUUACCAUUGUCUGGAAUUUCAGUCAAAACGCUAAUGGAAAAUACUUUUGAAAUUACUGGAUCAAUGUUCGAUUCCAGGAUAAUCACUUGUUCAGACCCAGAGGAGUUUAGAAUAUGGAUGGCCCAUUUGCCAAGAAGAGUGAAGAAGGCCUCCAUCUAUCGUCCACACAAACAGCAAAAGCUGUCUGUACUGAUCCCUUGUGAUGAGAGCUGGAAGCGGCCAGAGCUGGAGAAAUAUCUGCUACAGCAACCCAUUAAAGGCUGGGAAGGAACCCCUAUCCAACAUCUGGGAGAUAUCAUUUACUUGUCCAUGGUAAAAAUAAACUUCGCACAGAGUCAGGUAUUUGAAGAAAGGAUUAUGGUUUUAUUUCCAGACGAUCUUAUUAUCCUCUCCACCGACGAACAGAAAACCACUGUUCAGUAUGAAGGUAGACUUGCAACUCAAAGCAUCAGAGCUUUGGAAAGAUCAGCUCGUGUCGGGCAUCUUGAGUUUGAAAUUACAGGUAACAUGAUGGAGCCUGUGAAAGUCUCUUGUGCAAAGCCAGCUGAAUACAAAAAGUGGUUUUUCCACCUCCAGAAGCCGGACUAUAGCACCAACACUCUGCCUUCGAAUGGGCAGCUCCCACCUAGACUACCCAAGAAGAGAAGCAGCUGUCGUUACUGAGGUUGCUCUUGCACAGUCUCGUGAAUCAACAUGGCCACCCCCAGUUUACACUUGAAAGAUGUGAAAGCUUUGGAACAGUGAUCCUGAAGACGGUACUGACACACUGUUUGACUACUUCCAAUAUCUUUGAAACUGCCCGAGUUAGUGAGUGGCAGAAUCAUGUUUCUCUAAAAUAUUCAUUAUUGGCCUCCUUGCCCCAUGACUCUGCACUAGCCAAAUGAAGAUAGACAGGCAGCCUGUUUGUGGAUUUCUGCUGAUAUCUCUCUGAAACUGACUGCAAGAUGGAGCAGCUUGCGUCAUCUUCAACCCAUGUUCCUUCCCUCUGUGUUACACUUGACAACAUUGCAAUAGAAAUUCUUAAGUGCAAUGUGGGAAAAUCAUACCCAGAAAUAAUUUCUUGCUGCUCUUUUUCAAUGGCAUGAUAUAACUACAAUGGGUUUGACCACAAUGGGCACCAGAAACUCAAGUCUGGAAAACAGAGUUCCUCCCAGUGAGACCAGCACAGCUUAAGGUGCACUCCUUACUUUGACUGUGUUAGUUGAUCUCACCUGAGACUGAGAUAGGGGGCCUUCACAUAUUCUCAGAAGCAGUGAGCUUUGUCCAUUACACUGCUACUGGCAUUUGGGAGCAUGCAGAUAUUGGAUGAAGAAGCCAAGCUCGGAGGUCAUGUGUCUAAAGUUGUAUUCCAGCCUCACAAACAGAGCUAUCACUUCCACUGAGAUGCAUUGUGGCUACUGUCACUCAAGGAGUUAUGGCCCAGGAUGAGGUGCUGCUAUCAGGCGAGAAAGGAGUGGAAAACUGUUUUGAUUAAAUCAGUUCUGGAAUAUGGCUAAUGUUUAUUAUCCAUUCCUCAUAAUUGUUCAGAAAACAUAGGUGAGGCUUCUUCUUGAACAAUUGCAGUCCACAUGGUAAAGGAAGUCUCGGGCUGAACUUAGAUAGUGUGUUCCAGCAUCUUGUUCUGACAACCAUAAAGCACAGUUCUACAGGUCCCGUUAAUGUCCUUUGCAAGUUUUCUUUUAUAUUGGCAUUGUAUUUUUACAUUUGGAAGAGAUACUAAUGUCAGCAGUGUGGUGAAGAUCUGUCAAAUCAAUGAUGUGAUAUCCAUUCACCAGUUUGAGUACAUGACUCCCCAUCUCAUCAGCAGUUACAGAUUACAUCUUUUAAAAUAACUUUCAAAAUGUCAUCGUAAUAACCUAUUUCUUGAUGGCGAUUCAAUGUGCCUUCUAUUUCUUAAGGGGAUAUGUGUGAUAGAGAGCUUUAGUGUUUCAUUGCAACUUUCAAAACAAGAAACUUUACCUUUUGUCAGGUUUAAGACGAAUGCUGUUCCAUAUCAAUAGGAGCUUUCAUCUGUGGAGCUCACUGCCUUGUGGGUGUUGCUUUGGUUUCAAUAGAAACAAAUGCACUCGAAGAGAAUGUGCUCACUCUCUGUAGAGUGAAAUAUUGCUGAAAUGUCCAUACUCCACAAGAAAAUCCAUGUUACAAGCCUUCCUUAGUAACAACCAUGAAAUCAUUUUUAUCUUAAAACAGAAUUAUUUAUGUAUUAUCAUUUAUAGAUAUGAUUUAGAAUUGGAAAUAAUUUUAAAGCUUUCAUUUUCAGGAAAGAAUCUGAUAAACGUUAUGGGAAGAAGCUGUUUCCUCUGGCAAAAGGACUCAUUACCAAAGGACACAGAUUUUAAGAAAAUUUGCAAAGAAAUGGCGGGGGGUGGGAGAUGGGUGGUGUUGGGUCAGGAUGGGUUCGGGGGUUGGGGAGCUGUGGAAUGAAGAGAUUUGCUAUUUUAAGUUGCACUUUGGAAUGCACUGUUUGACAGCAGAUUCAAUGAUAACUUUCAAAACGCAAUUGAACAAGAAAAUUUGUGAGCAAAGAAUGGGUGAGUGGGACCAAUUAGUUUGCUCUGAAAGAGAAACAGCACAAGCAUGACGAGAUGAAUGGCCAAUUUCUGUGCUUUAAGAUCUCUUGGUCAAGUUACUUACCUUUGAGUCCAGUCUUAAAGCCUGUGCUGCUAGGAUUGUGGUGAGAAAAGGCCAGCCAAGAUAUUACUUCAAGCUCCUUUGCGUUGAACGCCAGUGGGUGGAAUUUCAAUCUCAUGCUUUGUGAGGGUUGAGCAUUCAAUAUACUGUCCUUUGCUGACACCAGGGAAAUGGAUAGUUGGCUGAGUAUGCCAAUCAUACCUGGGAAAACGUAUGCCAGAAACGGAUACAUGCUUUCAACAGCACGAGAAGUUGAGAAAAGAAGACAUAUAGAAAUAUAGAUCGUGAGCUCAAACUGGCAACUUGCUCUAUUUCUAAGCUCAGUUACGUUUUCACACUUGGCACUUUGAAUUUUCCACCCCGAUUUCUCAUGUAAACUAUUUUUUAUGGUUUCUCUAUGUUGAAUAGUAUUUUCUGUUAUAGAGACAACCCAGAUCUGUAUUGAUAAAAUUCUGGAGUACCUUUGUGAUGGCACUUGCUAAAUUUAUACAAUAACUGAAUUCUGGAAAAUAUCUUUCCUUUUUUAGCAGGUGCCUUCCUUUUGAUUUCUGAUUUAAAGAUUUUUUUUCUGCUCUCAAUCUUGGUUGAGUGAUCGUACACUUACUUCCGAGUCGGAAGGUUGUGUGUUUGAGUCCAAAUGCUCAGUCAUGACUUUGGCUGUCACUUCUGUGCAGUAUUAAGGGAGUAGUGUACAGUCUGAGGAGAAUCUGUGGGAGUGAGACAUUAAGUCAAAGUCCUGCUUAAUCUCAGGUGUAUUAUGUGUACAUUAUUUGUGUUCAAUUACAUGUAGAUGAUGAAUAACAAUUAGAGUUUCACUUGGGUACUUAUAAUGGGACUGAUUAAAACUGCUCUAUUUUAAUUAGGAGAUGUACGCUUGUAAUGUUUAACUAUGUAAAUAAACGUAAAACUGACUAAAAAUUGUCUCCUUUGCCAACUGACCAUCUGGAAUAUAACAAGCAAAUUUUAAAGAAGGACCAUGGGGUUCUUUCCAAUA